UCACCCUGUGCGGGCAGAGAAAGUGGGCGGAGAGGAGAGAGACGAGGAAGGGGCGGAGGUCACCCAGCCCUCCACCCUGCAGAGGCUGGGAGCAUCUCUAGGUGCUCUGAAGUCCAGGACACAAUAGGUCCUGCGGGUGAUCCAGCGCUCAGAAGUGUCCUAGGGAGGCAAGAGAGGUGGAACCUGAGGUUGCGGCUGCGCAGGGCUGGUUGCGCCAUGGAACACGGGGCUCAGCGCUCUUCUGCUCCGGACACAACCACUCAGUGGCUCAGGAUGCCGAGAUUUCUCUCUCUCUUUCUAGGGAAGUGAACUGACAGGUGUCAGUUUGGGCGGUAUCUUUAUCUCGAAAGAGAGGAAAACAGAACAGAUGCAUGCUGGUGGCCGAGUUCUGCAACCUGACUUAUGAUAGGCUGGGCAAAUCCACCCCAUCCCAGGACGCUGAGGCGCUUGGUUCUAAAUGUCAGAUGACUGACUGACUGGUAAUUAGGUCUUUAUAAUUCCUGUCCUGUAUGCUGCAGAUGUCUGCACUUCGAGACUGCGCAGUUGUGACAGAGAGAUGACUUGAGGGGAUAGCUUUUACCUCCACAACAAUGUCCAUGAACAGUUCCAAACAGCCAGUGUCUCCUGCAGCUGGACUCAUCGCGAACACAACCUGCCAGACGGAGAACCGGCUUUCAGUAUUCUUCUCUAUCAUCUUCAUGACAGUGGGGAUCUUAUCGAACAGCCUGGCCAUCGCCAUUCUCAUGAAGGCCUACCAGAGAUUUAGACAGAAGUCAAAGGCUUCUUUCCUGCUCUUGGCUAGUGGCCUGGUGAUCACAGACUUCUUUGGCCACCUUAUCAACGGAGGCAUAGCUGUCUUUGUAUAUGCUUCUGAUAAAGACUGGAUCCGCUUUGAUCAGUCAAACAUCCUGUGCAGUAUUUUUGGAAUCUCCAUGGUCUUUUCUGGCUUGUGCCCACUUUUUCUAGGCAGUGCGAUGGCCAUCGAGAGGUGUAUAGGAGUCACCAAUCCUAUAUUCCACUCUACGAAGAUCACAUCUAAACACGUGAAAAUGAUCCUGAGUGGUGUGUGCAUGUUUGCUGUCUUCGUGGCUGUGCUGCCCAUCCUCGGACACCGAGAUUAUCAAAUUCAAGCAUCCAGAACCUGGUGUUUCUACAACACAGAGCACAUCGAAGACUGGGAAGACAGAUUUUAUCUCCUGUUCUUUUCUUUCCUCGGACUCUUAGCUCUUGGUGUUUCCUUCUCGUGCAAUGCCGUCACGGGAGUCACACUCUUAAGAGUGAAGUUCAGAAGUCAGCAGCACAGGCAAGGCAGAUCUCACCACCUGGAGAUGAUCGUUCAACUCCUGGCCAUAAUGUGCGUCUCCUGCGUCUGCUGGAGUCCCUUUCUGGUAACAAUGGCCAACAUUGCAAUAAAUGGAAAUAAUUCCCCAGUGACCUGUGAAACGACACUUUUUGCUCUCCGCAUGGCAACGUGGAAUCAGAUCUUAGACCCCUGGGUCUAUAUUCUGCUACGGAAGGCUGUCCUUAGGAAUCUGUAUAAGCUUGCCAGUCGUUGCUGUGGAGUUAACGUCAUCAGCUUGCACAUCUGGGAACUCAGCUCCAUCAAGAAUUCCUUAAAGGUUGCUGCUAUUUCUGAGUCGCCAGCUGCAGAGAAGGAGAGCCAGCAAGCAUCGAGUGAAGCUGGACUGUAAAUCAAUGCAGUAUUAGAAGAAAGUCCGGAAACUUCUGAAACAUCUCAGCUGAUCCGACUCAUCGUGUAACUGGAACAUUUGGACCUCUGUGUAGUUUGGGAGCACACUGGUCAGACACAGCUUCUGACUUUUGUUAAGCUGACUGCUCCAUGGUUGCGUAUUUUCAUUUGUUUGUGUCAACAGGAGAUAGACAGAUACAAUGUGGUGUCCUUGAGUAGAACACACAUUUGAGUUUAAUCUGUGUGGCUUAUGUUCUUGGAAUAAAUGAAUCUGUUGAGGCCUAGUGCCUUUAUUUGACCUAUUUUUCCAAGCACCUUAUGCUACUUGCACUGUGACAUGGCAUUUGAGGAUCCCUGACUUACAGACAAAGCUUAAAAUGGCACAAGACUUUUUCUGUUUGAGUGUGCGGUUCUUCUCUGUUUACCAGCCCAUGUGUCCUCAAUCUAUAUCAGCAUGACCAUGACAUCUGAGACUCACGGUGACUUUGAUGGCCACUGUGUAGGUUGGCCAGCCUGAUAUUGUGAGGCUGCUGAGGAGAAUCAUUCUUGUCACAACUGACAGGUCUGAGUGCUUGCAUUUGUUGUUCUGAAGGUUAAUUAUUUUCCAUAUUGGUUUAUCCUCCUAUAAAGUCAUAGGAUUUCAGUGUCGAAGUAAUCUCCCUUGCCUCUGAAAAUUGUAGAGAAAUGCAGGCUUUGUCUUAGCACAGAUUCAGCUCAUGAUAGCACAUCAUGAGCCCUAUGAGAGACGAUAGAAACAUUGAAAUCCCACUUACACAUGCCAAGAACAUUGGCAAACAUUGCUUUAUCUGAGUUGUUCUUUCUGUGUCAGAGAAUAAAAGAAAAACAAUCAAGACACAUUCGAAGUCUGUUUGCAGCUAUUCUGUUUCUGCCUUACACACACACACACACAGACAGAAGGAAGUUCUGUUAACAGCAAUUUCACUAAAUAAGUUGAACCACACUUCCAAAAGCCUGUGUUGUCAGUGAGGAGUGGAAAGAUCUAGAAUUAGCCAGGAGUUUGGCUCCACUGUUGCAGUUAACCUGAGGCAAAGAUUCUGUUGCCAAGUUUCCCAAUCCUAAUUCAUACUUCGCCUUUGUUUUUAUAAUUUAACACAAAGAGACUCAGUUUCAAGAAUCCUUCUAAACAUUAGCUUCAUCACUGAUUAGGGUUAGUGAUUAUGUUUUAUAUGGAGAUGUAUUUUCAUAUUUAAAUUUUUUCCUUGCUUCCAUCAAGUUUGGCUUCAUUUAAAAAAUAUUACUAGUUUUUGCAGUGUGUAUGGGUGUUUUACCUGAAUGUAUUUCUGUGCAUCAUGUACCUUCCUGGAACCUACUGAAACCAGAAAAGGACAUCAGAUCCCCUGGGAUUGAAAUUACAGAUGGUCGUAAGCUAUCAUGUGGGUACUAGGAAUUGAACCCAGGUUCUCUGGAAGAGCAGCUGUAGAGGAAUUUUAAUCCUGAAACCAUGUGAAUUCAAUAGACUUAAAAUAGUAUCUUCAACAUGGUUUCUCUGUCAAGAGAUCACAUCCAAAGACCUUCUAGGUCUAUAAGAUCCAUCUGGAAUGCAGACAUGCUCUGGAUUAUAGUACAAUCUGGCUGUAAUAUAGAUACACCCUUAGUACACACAUUUAAUUCCUAACAAUGAAGGUAAAGUUAGUUUGUAGAAGGAAGUAGUCACUUUUGAAAGCAAUGUCCAAUUGAGGGGCAGAUGGAGUGAUGAAUCAAAGUUUUGACUGAAUGAGUUAGAGAAAGGAUAUGCCCAACUCACAUGGGAAUAGCACAGGAAAG